AAAAUAAAUGCAGGCGGCAAAGAUAAAGAUAGCGCCUAAAAUAAAAAUAAAAACUGAACAAAAACCGAAAAUCAUUGUUAUUGCAUGGAAAAUUACUACAGAAAUUUCUUGCAAAAGCAACUGCCAAAGAGGCAAAAAAAAACACAAACACUAAAAAAUCAAAACCAAAAGUGAAACAACAACAAGGCAAGAGCAUAAAUUAGAUUGGCCUCAUAGACGAAUAACAACGAACCCGAGCCGCGUAAACAAAUUAAACGAUGCUGGCCAUUGUUGUUGCUGCCGCUGCGGUUCAAAUUUAAAUAUAAACUAUUAUUGUUAUCUGUGUGCUUGCUGUUGUCUAUUUUUUCGCGCCAAAUGCAAGCUCAGUUUUUUUCUUUAGGUUUUUUGGGGUAAUCGUAAUGGGGAUGGACACCAUAUUAUUAAUGAGCAGGCGAGAGCGUAAAUCAAGAAUUAUAUUUAUGAAAUCGGGCGAAAAACGCAUGUCUUCUCACACUCGCCCGACUACUUAUUUCGUGUGGUUUUUCGUUGCGAAAGCGUUAUUUUGAUCAAAACAAUAUUUCAUCUACAGUAUUUUUGCUUCCUAUGUUCGGAACCAGAAUUAGUGGCUGCAUUUUAUGUGUUGUCUGAGGAGAGGAGAGAGCGUAGAAUGAAAGAACUCGCCAAAGCGACGAUUUGAAAGACUAACAAAAAAAGAAAAGUAACGGUGUUGUGCACUAAGUCUCCUGAACAAAUGAACCGCAAUUAAAGAGAUUACAAUUAGAGCUGUCAAGCAAAUGAAGAGAGUUUUAUUCCGGAGAGCAAAGGUGCAGCCGCCUACAAUGUCAGAGUCACGUUUGUGUAAUUCGCUUUGAUGACGAUGCCUCGAUUGCCUCGAUGCGGGGCCAAAAACCGCAGGAGAUUAUCCAGCUACCAAAGUUAAAUCCAACUGAGAGUUAAGCGGAAAAAUUGCCAAGUGCAGAGUGGAAAGGUCGCCAAACUCAAAUCGACAAAUGAAAACCAAAAACCAGAUCAACAUCAACAGCACCAAGUGUCAAUGCUUUAGUCACUCCAGUCAAGGAAUCGCCAUUAUUGAUGAGAAGAACGUACUGAGGAUACACAGCCAUACGUACAAGUGCUUGAAUCACAAUCCGCGACCUCGGAUACUCGGCUGA